UGUUUAGAAGUACACUGUAAAUUAGAAGGCAGUAUCUUGUUUGUGUGUUUGGCUUUUUUUAUUAACUACUAAUACAUUACAAUUCGGGUCCCUGUGCAGAGCAGUGUCCAGUGUCUGACAGAAAUAAAUGUGCAUGACAUCUGACAUCAGUCGUGUAGCGAUACAGAUCAUUAUCAGCAGAUGCAGAGUGUGUAUAAUGGUCGCACGAGCACUGAAUUUCUCUAAAAUGUGUGUCACUUUUUUUAAGGAGGAAGGAGAUGCAACAAAAGCAUAGAAAGUUUGAGUUUAUUGUAAGACGUAUGUGUGUACAGUGAAAAGAGGAAAGAGCUCUGUGUGUUGGACAGCUGAGUGCUUGAGUGCUGGCUCUCUCCGUAAGCCUCUUCAUGACAGUACUGACAUUUUGUGCCCAAAGCUUGUCUGUUUUCAGCUUAGGCUUUUUACAGUCACCAAUAAAAAGCUGACCCAAUAAAAGUAUUCAGUGUUUCUUCUAAAGCUUGCCUUGCACCUACUAGAGUCGGUAGAAGGACCCUGUAUGGGAGAACAAUAUUGUUUGUCUGAUACUAUUGGUACUAUUGGGCCUUACUUGAUCUUAUUUCAACUUCCUUUUUUUCCUACAGUUCGCUAUCUCGGCAUUCUUUCUCCACCAAACUUUCUUGUUUUUCAUUUACAGUAGUUUUAUUUCUAUCUAAUCUAUCAUGCAGGGCAAUGGAGAGCCAUGGAAGAGGUUGGAAAUGAAUGUAUAAAAGCAAUAUAGGAGCAGAUGUGCAGAGGAGAUACUAUCAGUAGGCAGAGAGGUCAAACACUAGAAGAUAACCAGUGAUGAGCCUUUGAUUUGCAUGGAGUGACCUGUGAUGCUUUCAAGCAGUAACCCUCAUCCCAAACUUAUCGUAACAGCAAGUUUUGGAGUAGAACCAAAAAGGAAAGUGGAAUACAUAUCACUCCUGGAAGGAGCACUGGCAAUGGUACAGAACAAACCUGAGAAAGUUCUCAUUUACAGGCGACCAAACUUGGGGCAUGUUCCUUUAACCCCAGGUCGUGAUCUUGAUUGGGAAGAAGAGCUCGCAAAAGCACAGUGUUACAAGUGUGUCUCUGUUCCUUCAGACCAUCCUCUUUAUAUUCUGUAUACAUCUGGAACAACAGGCUUGCCCAAGGGUGUUAUCAGACCAACAGGUGGCUACGCAGUUAUGCUGAACUGGACAAUGUCAGCUGUAUAUGGACUCAAACCUGGUGAGGUGUGGUGGGCAGCUUCUGAUUUAGGCUGGGUAGUUGGUCAUUCUUACAUUUGCUAUGGGCCUCUUCUUCAUGGGAAUCCUACAGUUUUGUAUGAGGGGAAGCCUGUGGGAACACCAGAUGCUGGUGCCUAUUUCCGCGUGUUAGCAGAGCAUGAAGUAGCUGCCUUCUUUACUUCACCAACUGCAAUUAGAGCAAUCCGUCAGCAGGACCCUGAGGCAGCCCUGGGAAAGCAGUACUCUCUAAAAAGGUUCAGAAUGUUGUUUGUAGCUGGUGAGCACUGUGAUGUGGACACACUAGAAUGGUCAAAGAAAGUCUUCAAGGUACCUGUCUUGGACCACUGGUGGCAAACUGAAUCUGGUUCUCCAAUAACUGCUUCUUGUGUUGGUUUGGGGAACUCUACGAUGCCUCCACCCGGACAGGCAGGAAAACCAGUACCAGGAUACAAUGUGAUGAUUCUGGAUGAAAAUAAGGAACCAGUGAAGGCGAAGACUUUAGGAAAUAUUGUGGUAAAGUUACCUUUGCCUCCUGGAGCAUUCUCAGGACUUUGGGAAAAUCCAGAAGCAUUCCACAAGUUAUAUUUCCAGAAAUUUCCAGGAUAUUAUGAUACUAUGGAUGCAGGCUAUAUGGAUGAAGAUGGCUAUUUAUAUGUUCUGUCUCGAGCUGAUGAUGUAAUCAAUAUUGCAGGACACAGAAUUUCAGCAGGUGCAAUUGAAGAGUGUGUUCUCCGCCAUCAUGCUGUAGCAGACUGUGCUGUUGUAGGCCAGGAGGAUGCCUUAAAAGGGCACGUUCCCUUUGCGCUGUGUGUGCUGAGAGACGAUGUAAAGACAGAAGAGAAGAAGAUUUUGGAAGAUAUUGUUGAGCAAGUUCGAAAUAACAUUGGUCCUGUGGCAGCUUUCCAGAAGGGGGUGUUUGUGAAACAGCUACCAAAAACACGUUCUGGCAAGAUACCACGUUCAGCUCUUUCUGCAUUGGUCAGUGGAAAGCCGUAUAAAAUAACGCCAACCAUUGAAGAUGCUAGUGUGUUUAAACACAUAGAAGAAGUGCUGAAGAAAAAGUAAAUGGAAUAAUGGGCCAGUAAAAGCGUCUAUUACUGAAAUAUGCGAAGACUUUCUAUUAGGAAAUGCAUAUUUUAAAAACGAAUAAUAAUAAUGAUUGGGACUACCUUUUUUUUUUUUUAAACUUUUCUACAGAUGCUGUGUUCUUUUACCACAUUAUCAUAGCCAGUGAAGAAUACUGAAGUCUCUGUGUGUUGUCAUUGUAUGCUGGAUAUAAGAUUACUAAGAAUUUUAAAUAGAAUUCAUACAUUUCUCUAGCCUUCAAAGGAGUCACUGUAUUACUGUGAUAGAAUUGUGGAAUAACAAAACAGCUCGGGUUGAAAUGGACUUCAAAAGACCAUCACAUCCAACCUUUCAUAGGAAAAAAAGGGUGCCUAGAAGAGAUUAUCUAGCACCCUGCUGAAUUGCAUCGUGACAGCCUCCAGUGAUGUGGAUCUGUGCUAUCCAUUCUUGCAUAAUGGUAUCAGUACCUUGAGUUUGACUAGAACAGCUUUCAGCUAAGAUUCAAGCUGAAGACAGCAGAAAGUAGGAAUUCUAACGUGAAAGUCAUUGCAAACAUAACUUGUCUUCACUUAAAAAUUAUAAGCCUUAUGCCUUUUAAAUUUUUAUGAGCUUUAAUUUUUUUAAAACUAGUUUUCUGGAUUCCACUGAUGUUUUUUUUCUAAGACUUUCUGUUAUAAAUUAGAUUCUUCUACAUGCUUUGUUCAAUGACUUUUUGAA